AUGGCUCGUUCAUCGGGAACAGGGCCAGGACAGCCGGCUCUAAACCCUCUGGGGGUGCAAUUCUUCUCAAGCCUCGAGGGCUUGGAGAUAACCUCGUCCGCCGAUCGGCAGCUCAUCCGAGGGCAUAACUUGGUUGGUGCGGCCCGACUGCAGUUCGUCAGGGCGAGCUUCUUUGACGACGGAGCGGGGGAACACGGAGAAGUGCUCGAUGAGAUCGACGGAAUCGAUGUACCGCUAUCCAUGCACGUAUAUCCCUUUCCCCUAGCAGAUGAGUGGGAGAACCAGUGGUUCUUCUUCGACGUCCAGCUCCAUCCGUAUCAACUGCAUUUCCGUCGCAGAGUCGAGGAUGGAGCCGAGUCAACUAUUGGGGUAUGGGAAGACUCAUACGCAAAGUUAGCUCAGGUUCGUGGACAGAUGUGUGUUCAACCGAUCUCGAUAAGGCCUCUUAGGCCUGCGAAUGACAGUUUCCCGACCAUGGCACCGCGUGCUAGCUUCCACGGGCCUGUCGACACCAGAUCAUUCCGUUUCAAGGCUGGAUCGUUGAGCAGCAACCAGCUAAAGUGUUGCGGUUUCAUUCAAUGCAGCACAUAUCUCGUACCGCCCCGUGACAGAGACCCGACGUUCAAAGGCGGCCAGAUGUUCCACAUUCUAGCGUACAUGCCGCAUGAUCAGCAGCCAUGGAAAAGCCGAGUUGAUUGGAUGAAGAGCUCUCCCGAUGGCGGCUUCGCAUCUAGGAAGUGGAUGUACGGGAGAGGCAGCAUCGUUGGUGUGCUGAACCCUGCACUUCUAGAGGAGGAGCUUCAGCCUGGACAAGACAUCCUAGUGGUGCUUGCGGAUGAGUUCGGCUUCACAUCAAGGGCUGCGUUCGAGGGUGCUACUGCGUUGAGGAAGGAAUCUUCUACACAAAAAGCAAAGGCUGAGUUGGGGAAACGGCGGAACCCUUUCAGCAGCAGCCCGGACAGUUCACCAUCUAAGCGCGCCAAGGAUUCUUCGUCCAACAAACGCUCGAAUGGUGGGGGGUCGGAGGCCAGGGACGACGAAUGUAUCCCUGUCGACCCACGGCUUCAACGGGAACUAGCGAAUCACGAGAGGGGAUCAAUUUUUGUAGCAGAAAUGGAGACCUCACAGAGUCCGAGUCAAACAGAGGAGACGCAUCUGCUCCGUCAGCAGAAUGUGAAGAACGACUACUGA